AGCGUUCUUAAGCGGAGGCGGGGCCAGAUAAAACCGUGAAAGACUACUUCAGUGUUUCAGUCUAUGCUAUUGAGUGUAAAUAGCAUGCAAAAGAUGCUGACCAUUAUUUCUAAUGUGUUGAAGGGCAGCGCCAGCAAAAAUGGAGCUGCAUCUGAGGUUGCCCGUGUUGUGGCGGCACGCACCUAUGCUGAUUUUACAGCCGAAGCGACCUUUGAUGUGAAGAAAUGUGACACCCAUCGUCUGGACGACGCCCCCCCCACCAAGUCGGUGCUGACCCGGGAGGAUGCUCUGAAGUACUACAGGACCAUGCAGGUGAUCCGCCGCAUGGAGCUCAAAGCAGACCAGCUCUACAAACAGAAGAUCAUCCGUGGAUUCUGCCACUUGUCCGAUGGCCAGGAAGCUUGCGCUGUUGGUAUUGAGGCUGGGAUUAAACCCACAGAUCACUUGAUCACAUCAUACCGAGCACAUGGGUACACCUACACUCGUGGGGUGUCUGCCCGGGAGAUCCUGGCUGAGCUCACUGGAAGAAGGGGAGGCUGUGCCAAAGGAAAGGGAGGCUCCAUGCACAUGUAUGCCAAUAACUUCUAUGGUGGUAAUGGCAUUGUAGGAGCACAGGUACCCCUGGGGGCUGGUGUGGCGUUGGCUUGUAAAUACCUGGACACUGACCAGGUCUGUGCGACUCUGUACGGAGACGGUGCAGCUAAUCAGGGUCAGAUCUUUGAAGCCUACAACAUGGCAUCUCUGUGGAAGCUGCCCUGUAUCUUCAUCUGUGAGAAUAACAAGUAUGCCAUGGGCACAUCCGUGGAGCGUUCCUCUGCCAGCACAGAGUACUACAAGAGAGGGGACUUCAUCCCUGGACUCCGGGUGGAUGGUAUGGAUAUUCUCUGUGUAAAGGAAGCUACAAAAUAUGCUGCAGACCUCUGUAGAGCCGGGAAAGGCCCUAUUGUGAUGGAACUGCAAACUUACCGUUACCAUGGACACAGUAUGAGUGACCCUGGGGUCAGUUACCGUACUAGAGAGGAGAUUCAGGAAGUGAGAAGCAAGAGUGACCCCAUCUCUCUGCUGAAGGACAGGAUGUUGGCCAACAAUAUGGCCAGUGUGGAGGAACUGAAGGAGAUUGAUGUUCAAGUGAGGAAGGAGAUUGAAGAGGCUGCACAGUUUGCCACCACUGACCCCGAGCCUCCACUGGAGGAGCUGUGUAACCACAUCUUCUACAACGACGCACCAUUGGAAGUGCGCGGCACCCUGCCCUGGACGAAACUGAAAUCCAUCAGCUAAGCACGAAGGCACGCUCCCGCCCCGCAACUCUGUAGCAGUUAUGGCCUUUUUGACCCUUUUUGAGGACUGAAAAUAACAUACAGUUCAAAUUGUUAUCAACUUAUUUAUGAAGAAUGUUUUGUAAACGUUAAAUUUACAGAGUUACCAAUCAUUGCUAAGACCUUUUAGAAAUUCACCCCACUUUGCACAAACUGACUAACCUGCGAUUUAGUCCUAUACUUCCAGAUAUCCGUACAGCAACUCCAAAUAACUGAUUUGAAUAAUUAAAAACCUUUAUAUAAUAAGGGACAAUUGUCAUCUGUGUGGCGCAGGCUACUAGCAACUUGAUUCCUAAUCUUUCUCUAUGGUUUUGGUAGAACUUCCCUUUUUAAAGUUCAGUAACAUGUUUAAAAAUGGGACUAAAAUAUAACUUGUUUGUAUGUCUGAUAUAUGUUUUUUAGAGAACAUUCUGAUAACCAAUUCAUGAAGUGGUGGAUAUUAACUAAAGGGAUGAUUGAUUAAUGAUUGGUUAUUGCUUUACUUACUGGAUGUAGGACUAAAUUAUAGGUAAGCAGACAAGGUGUGAAAAACUACUGCCCCUAAUCAUUGGAUGUGUGAUGCUGCAAAGUUCACAGGGUUGAGUACGAUCGUGACAUAAUGUUACUUUCUAUCGUAAGAAACAACUAACCUUGUGUGGGGAGGGGCAGUCCGAUCUUGGACUGGUGUUUCCUGUAAAUACACUGUUGUUGUUGUUAUAAAGAAACUGCAAGUGUUUUGUGAAGGGAAUGUUGAAUGAAAUGUUUAUAUUUAACAAACAAGUUUAAUGGUGGUAUACCUUGGUUAAGAGCCAACAUGUCAGUUAAAUAUUAACCUUCAUGUGACAUUCCCAGCAGCUGUUAUGGACACCUAGCUGACAAAAUGUUACUUUUUAUAGAAAAAGAUAUUGAAUUUGGUGGGGGGAGAUCGAGAUGUAACACAUGUUGGGUGCGUUCGGUUUCCAGUCUGUUUUGUUUGUACAGUCUGACACAAAUAAAAUGGUCAAAAUAA